AUGGAAGCUGAGAUACAGUCAAUCUUACCUAAUAUUGAUCCGAUAGUAUCGGAGUAUUCAGUGGGAUAUCUCAACCAUGCUUCUAAUGCAUCUACAUCGGACUUGGAUUCAACCAGCCCAUCUCAGCUAGAAAAUGCAGCGGCAUCAAUCACUGAACUCUUAAUUUCUGCAUCUGGAAAAUUCGAUUCUGAAAAUGGAGAAAAAAUCAGUCAAUUAGUUCAGAAAUGGAUAAGACAGUUCAGUAUUUCUGCGGCAAAUGAUAUGCAGAAGCCAGUCUCAGCUGCUGUCAAGCGACUUGAUCAGGCAAUCCAAGUCGGAGCACAACGAAACAUGUCAUAUACAUUAGGGAUAUCUACGGGGAUGGUUGAUCUAGAAUCUGCUGGUUCUAGAAAGCUUGAAUCAAAAGUAGAUCGAAAGAAACUUGAAAAGGCAGAGCGGAAGAUCGCGGCUAAGCAGAAUAAGAAGAUGUUCAAAACUGUAGAGUAUGAAGCGUCUCGCCUCAUCAACCAGCCUGAUGAUGCUGAGUCAUACGAGGAAUUUUAUAUGACCGUUAAUCCUUUGCAGCUAGGAUCGAAUUCUCAGGGCCAGCAAAAGAGCAAAGAUAUAAAAUUGGAUGGAAUUGACGUUAACAUUGGCGCAUUACGGAUCCUAACUGAUACUAAUUUAACUUUAGCAUAUGGUCGAAGGUAUGGUCUUGUAGGCCAAAACGGUAUUGGUAAAUCGACUCUAUUACGUGCAUUAGCUCGAAGAGAACUAGCUAUACCUACACACAUAUCUAUUCUCCACGUGGAACAAGAGAUAAGGGGAGAUGAUACCCCUGCAAUACAAGCUGUACUUGAUGCGGAUGUGUGGCGAAAGCAUUUACUUGCAGAGCAAGCCAAAAUUCUUAAGCAGCUUGCUGAUCUAGAGUUGCAACGCUCUUCCAUGGCUGACAGCUCACUGGAUGCCGAGAAGCUUGACGUAGAACGCGAAGCUUUGGACCAAACCCUAGGUGACGUACAAACAAAGCUCGCAGAAAUGGAGUCCGACAAAGCAGAAUCACGAGCAGCAUCGAUUCUAGCUGGUCUUGGCUUCUCUCCAGAGCGUCAAAAAUUUGCAACAAAAACCUUUUCUGGAGGAUGGCGAAUGCGCUUAGCUUUAGCCAGAGCCUUAUUUUGCGAACCUGAUCUUUUACUUCUCGAUGAACCUUCCAACAUGUUGGAUGUUCCUUCCAUUACUUUCCUAGCUAAUUACUUGCAAACUUAUCCCAGCACAGUUCUUAUCGUCUCGCACGACCGCGCAUUUCUGAAUGAAAUUGCGACAGAUAUUAUUCACCAACACUCCGAACGCCUUGACUACUACAAGGGGGCUAACUUUGAGUCUUUUUACGCUACUAGGGAAGAACGUAGAAAAACUGCUCAAAGAGAAUAUGACAAUCAAAUGCAACAACGGGCUCACUUGCAGGCGUUCAUUGAUAAGUUUCGAUACAAUGCCGCUAAAUCAUCCGAAGCUCAAUCAAGAAUCAAGAAGCUUGAAAAAAUGCCAGUUCUCGAAACACCUGAAAGUGUUUACACUGUCCACUUUAAAUUUCCAGAGGUUGAAAAACUCUCCCCACCCAUUGUUCAAAUGUCAAAUGUUUGCUUUGGUUACACAGCAGACAAGCCUCUUCUUAAGAAUGUUGAUCUUGAUGUUCAGCUCGAUUCACGAAUUGGUAUUGUCGGACCUAAUGGUGCUGGUAAGACUACUGUCCUCAAGCUGCUAAUUGGAAAACUCUCACCCACCGCGGGUAUGAUCUCGCAAAAUCCUCGACUGAGGAUUGGAUAUUUUGCUCAGCAUCAUGUUGAUGCACUUGACUUAACAACAAGUGCUGUAGGAUUCAUGGCCAAGAAUUAUCCGGGAAGACAGGACGAAGAUUAUCGUCGUCACUUAGGUGCAUUUGGCAUUACAGGUAUGACUGGGCUCCAAAAGAUGGAACUCUUAUCUGGAGGACAGAAAUCUCGCGUUGCAUUUGCUUGCUUAUCCCUCCAAAAUCCGCACAUCUUAGUUCUCGACGAACCGUCAAACCACCUAGAUAUUGAAGCCAUGGAUGCUUUAAGUACGGCCCUUCGGCAGUUCCAGGGUGGAGUUUUGAUGGUGAGUCACGAUGUUACCAUGUUGCAAACAGUUUGCACUAGUCUUUGGAUAUGUGAUCAUGGUACCGUCGAAAAAUUCCCAGGAGAUGUUCAAGCAUACAAGAAAAGAAUCUCUGCACAAGCAGAUUCAAGUGGUGUAGUUCAAGCACAUUAA